UUUUUUACAUUAACUAAGUAAUUAAUUUAUAUUUUUCACAGUUUUAGAUGAAGACUUAUUGUCACUUCAUUCAGUAUUUGGAACAGUGCUCGAGAGAGCAUUAGAUAUCUUGGAAAAGUAUCCUGUAUUUGUAGCUUACACAACAGUAAACAAAACAAGAACUUUGAUAGAAAUCAAGGGUAAAAACGACCGGUGCUACCGCAUCUUUCCACGUAUUAAUUAUUGCCCUUGCCAAUCGUUUAAACAUCAAGUUUUGGAACGUAAAGCGCAAAUUUUGUGCAAACACGUAUUAGCAGGGAGAAUUACACAAAUACUUGGCAGGAUAACUGAGCAUGAAGUGACACAGGAUCAAUAUUUGAUGUUGUUACGCUCCAUGUAUGUCAUUGACGAGAAUGAUGGAUGAGGGAACUUCACAGUACUAUUUCACAGCAUCUAUGGAUUCUGGGAAAACCCUGUGUAGUUUAUUGAAGGCUAUUCAGUUUCAAGAGACUGCAGUGUUUUGUGCUCUACCAGAGGGCUUGAAGCUGACUGUGGAGGAGGGCAAGUGUGUGCAAGCUUCAGCCUAUGUACCUUCAGAUAAUUUUACUGAGUACCAUGUGCGAGAUGAUGUGGAUGUUAUGUUCAAGAUCAGCAUAGCUGUACUGGCAGAAUGUUUGAAUAUAUUUGGCUCGGGUGAGGAGUCCAGCUUGAAGAUGUAUUACAGAGGUGAAGGUUCACCUCUUCUUCUAGUGCUACAACCCCAGUCAGUGAACAAUGUGAUGACAGACUGUGAGAUAGCAACACAGACUGCAGAUUCUUUAUUAGAACUUCGAGAUGAGGAUGCGGAAGAAGUUGCCAAGUUGGUGCUGAAGGCUCCUGCAUUUCUAGGCUUGCUGGCAGACUUAGAGCGAUCUUGUGAAGUGUUUGAACUGAACCUGUCUCCUGAACAUCCAAAUGUCAGCAUUGUUACAUAUGGCAUGCAGGACAGGUCUUGCAUUGACAUGCCCAAGUCAUCAGAUAUGGUGCAAAGCUUUAGUUGCGAAGCUCCUGUCACUUUGAGGUACCAGCUGCAUCAUAUAAGGACCAUUAUGAAGGCACUAGCUAUAUCUACCAAGGUAGUGCUAAGGUGUAGCUCCAAUGGCCUCAUGCUGCUGCAGUUAAAGCUGGAGAAGGAAGACCAGCGGCAGAUGUUUUCAGAGUUUUACAUAGUACCGUUACUCGACGAUUGAUGUACUUUAUAAGAAUAUUUUUAUACGAAAAUAAAGCAGUUAU